AAGAUGUCUCUGAAAUGGCUCUCACUUCUGCUGCUACAGCUGAUCUGCUACUUUAGCUCUGGGAGGUGUGGAAAGGUGCUGGUGUGGCCACUGGAAUAUAGUCACUGGAUGAAUAUGAAGACAAUUCUGGAUGAACUUGUUACCAGGGGUCAUGAGGUGACUGUUCUCGUAUCUCCAGCUGCCAUUCUUGUUGAUCCCAACAAAUCACCUACUAUUAAAUUUGAGAGUUUCCCUGCAUCUGUAACUAAAGAUGAUUUUGAGAAUGUCUUAAAGCGUUUUCUUGAUCUAUGGACAAACAUGGCAAAAGAUUCAUUUUGGACAUAUUUUUCAACAGUGGAAAGUCUCUUUUGGGAACUUUCUGAUAUUACUAUGCAGAUCUGUAAAGAAGCGGUUUCGAACAACAAACUUAUGACAAAACUACAGAAAUCAAAGUUUGAUGUGGUUCUUGCAGAUGCCAUCGGACCUUGUGGUGAGCUGGUGGCUGAGAUACUGAACAUACCUCUGGUGUACAGCUUCCGCUUCUCUCCUGGCUAUUUUUUUGAGAAGUACAGUGGAAAACUUCCAGUUCCACCAUCCUAUGUACCAGUUAUUAUGUCAGAACUAAGUGAUCACAUGACAUUCAUGGAGAGGGUAAAAAAUAUGAUAUAUGUACUUUAUUUUGACUUUUGGUUCCGGAUACUUAAUGAGAAGAAGUGGAAUCAAUUUUACAGUGAAACACUAGGAAGACCCACUACAUUAGUAGAGACAGUAGGGAAAGCUGAAAUGUGGCUCAUUAGAACCUACUGGGAUUUUGAAUUUUCUCGUCCACUGCUACCAAAUUUUGAGUUUGUUGGAGGCCUCCACUGCAAACCUGCCAAACCCCUGCCUAAGGAAAUUGAAGAGUUUGUUCAGAGCUCUGGAGAACAUGGUAUUGUGGUGUUUACUUUGGGGUCAAUGAUCAGUAACCUGACAGAAGAAAGAGCCAAUACGAUUGCAUCAGCCCUUGCCCAGAUUCCACAAAAGGUUCUGUGGAGGUACGAUGGCAAGAAACCAGAUACCUUAGGAUCUAAUACUCGGUUGUAUAAGUGGAUGCCCCAGAAUGACCUUCUUGGUCAUCCCAAAACCAAGGCUUUUAUAACUCAUGGUGGCACCAAUGGCAUUUAUGAGGCCAUCUACCAUGGGGUCCCUAUGGUGGGCAUUCCCCUGUUUGCUGAUCAGCCUGAUAACAUCGCUCACAUGACAGCCAAGGGAGCGGCUGUCAGAUUGGACUUGGAAAAAAUGUCAAGAACGGAUUUGGUCAAUGCCUUGAAGCAAGUCAUUAAUAAUCCUUCCUACAAAGAGAAUGCAAUGUGGUUAUCAACCAUUCAACAUGAUCAACCUGUAAAGCCCCUGGACCGAGCAGUCUUCUGGAUUGAGUUUGUCAUGCGCCACAAAGGAGCCAAGCACCUGCGGCCAGCAGCCCAUGACCUCACCUGGUACCAGUACCACUCUCUGGAUGUGAUUGGGUUUCUACUGGCCUGUGUGGCAACUACUAUAUUUAUCAUCACAAAGUGUUGUAUGCUUUGUUGUCGGAAGUUUGUUAAAAUAGGAAAGAAAGAAAAAAGGGAGUAG